CACUUUUUUCCUCACCCACCUAACACCUCUCCUUCUGCACUCACUCACGAGUUUCUCUCUCUCUCUCUCUCUCUCUCUCUCUCUCUCUGAAAAAGGAGAGGAAAAUAUGAAUUACUCUCACAUUUGAGAAAUCCAUUUCCUCAGGAAAACCUUUUACUCAGAGAAAACCUUCUACAAAGCUCAACGCUUAGGUUUUCGAUCUUUCUCAAUUCGUAGAAAUUAGCGCUUGUUUACCAAAGUCACUGUUUUUUUGAAAAAAAGAAAGAAAAGAAAAAACAGAGCUAAGGAAUUUGAUUAAUCUGAUUCCCGAUCAAUUUGCCUUUACGUUGUUUUGAUUCGGAAUUCGAUUAAUCUAAUAUAAUACCAAAAAAAAAAAAAAAAUUCAAAAAAAAUAAAAAAUCGGUGCGAAUUUUCGUGUUUAGGUUUCGGUUUUCUCGAAUCGAAAAAACUGGAGAAAACAGGGGAAAUGACGCUGACGCUGGAGUCGAUGCCGGGGAGCUCGGGGUACUUGGACACGUACCCGGAGCGAAAAAUUUCGUAUUUCAAGAAUCCGUACGUGCUCGGAUUGACUUUCGUCGCCGGAAUCGGCGGAUUGCUCUUCGGCUACGACACUGGUGUGAUAUCAGGAGCCCUUCUGUAUAUUAAAGAUGAUUUUGAGGUGGUCAGGGAGAGUUAUUUCCUACAGGAAACAAUUGUCAGCAUGGCCUUGGUUGGUGCAAUUAUUGGAGCAACAACGGGGGGUUGGUUAAAUGAUUCCUAUGGACGGAAGAAGGCUACUCUUAUUUCUGAUGUUAUCUUUGCUGUUGGAUCAGUUGUCAUGGCUGCAGCCCCAGAUCCAUAUGUUCUUAUAUUGGGACGACUUCUUGUUGGCCUGGGUGUUGGUGUAGCAUCUGUGACUGCUCCUGUGUAUAUUGCGGAAGCAUCACCUUCAGAAAUAAGGGGAAGUCUGGUGAGCACAAAUGUGCUUAUGAUAACUGGUGGACAGUUUAUUGCCUACCUUGUAAAUCUUGCUUUUACAGAGGUCCCUGGGACAUGGCGAUGGAUGCUUGGAGUUUCAGGCGUGCCUGCCAUCGUUCAGUUCAUUCUUAUGAUCUUUCUGCCGGAGUCUCCCCGGUGGCUUUUUAUGAAGAAUGAUAAAUCUAAAGCCAUUUCUGUGCUUUCUAAAAUUUAUGACUUUUCCCGCUUAGAGGAUGAAAUUGAUUACCUUACUGCUCAAGUAGAGGAGGAACGCCAGAAAAGAGCUAAUAUCAGAUACAUGGAUGUUUUUAGAAUAAAACAAAUCAGGCUUGCAUUUGUGGUUGGGGCUGGACUACAGGCAUUUCAGCAGUUUACUGGUAUCAACACAGUCAUGUACUACAGCCCAACAAUCGUCCAGUUGGCCGGCUUUGAAAAUAACCAGUUAGCCCUUCUCCUGUCCCUUAUUGUUGCUGCCAUGAAUGCUGCUGGAACAAUUUUAGGCAUUUACCUUAUUGAACAUUCUGGGCGGAGGAAGUUAGCCCUCACAAGCUUAGCUGGUGUAUUUGUAUCCCUUAUUCUCCUUUCUGUGUCAUUUUUUUUCGAAUCAUCCAGUUCAAGUGGAAUAUAUGGGUGGUUGGCAAUUUUAGGCUUAGCCCUGUACAUUGCUUUCUUCUCACCUGGGAUGGGACCUGUGCCGUGGACUGUCAACUCAGAGAUAUAUCCUGAAGCAUAUCGUGGGAUGUGUGGGGGAAUGUCGGCUACUGUGAAUUGGAUUUCGAAUCUAAUAGUGUCCCUGUCUUUUCUUACAGUUGCUGAAACUGUGGGGACUGGUCCAACUUUCUUGAUUCUUGCCUGUGUGGCUGUACUUGCAUUUGUGUUUGUGAUUGUGCUGUUGCCAGAAACACAAGGAUUGACAUUUGAGGAAGUGGAGAAUAUCUGGAAGGCAAGGGCUCGGGGCAAAGGGCAAGGCACAGAAAGCCUGCUUGAGCAGGGAGAUGAGUCCUAGGUAUAAUGACCGUUUCGCUUAUUUUGAUGGAAGCGGUAUUAGUACCCUUAGAUAUUGUGAAAGACAGUUUGUAUAGUUGAUCUAUAUAUAUACAUCCCCACCUAUAUAAUAAAUAGGGUUAAGACUAAAAUCUAUUCCAUGCCAGUCUCUUUUUUAUGCUGAGGCACUUGUGUUUGGCAAGGAUAGGUAUUUAUGGGCAUGGUUUGAGGUCUAGCCAGAGUGAAAUUGCCUUGGGUUGGGUUUGUAAUGCAGGUUUCAGUGGAAGUUUGUGUGUGUGUUGCAGUAAAAGAAAACCAGAAAGACUAUGGACUUUGACAACAGCGAAAGCUAAGCACCCCAUCCCAUUUGAAUGCAGAAAAAGAGAAGUAAUGUUAAAGGAUCAAUUUGCAUUCUAUUACAUUAAAUUGUAAAUUGAUUCCAAUCAAGGGCACAGUAUUACGGGUAGUGGUUCAAUGCUUCUCCUUUGUUUAUUAUGAAUAUUGGACAUGUUUAAAUCUGCAAUCUAUAAAUCAGAAAUCAGAAUUGUUUCUUCGUUGCU